UCGAGUUCAGUGUUUAAAUUAAUAUCGCUAGUUACAAAUAUAUUAAUUGUCCAAAAAUAAUAUAUUGUAAAUCUGCAGUCUCCCUUCUGCGAUCGCGCGUAGCAAAAAUAUGUAUACAAUACGCUUACCACCCUGCUUAGUGUUCGCACCAUACCAGUCGCAUGCCAGUCCAGUUAUUGAGAGCUACUGUACUGGCUAAGUGUGAACCAGGCAAAAGAGAUAAAUCUAAAAAUAUUUGGGUGGAGACAGAUUCGAUCAAUAAAUCAAAAGGCCCACCAUUGCGCAGGACAGACAACGAUCUUGCGAAACCAUGGCGCAUGCUCAGGUCCUGCGGCGUUUAUAGUCGCGCCCGCCCCAUUGCAGAGCUUUCAACCGCGCAGAGGAGCGAGCUUGUGCCGCGCUGUUGGCUUGAGCUUUCCAGUUUUUUUGGCAAUCGUUUGUUGCAAAUCUUGGACUGCAUGAUGGAGAAUUUCGACUCGGAGCAUCCGGAUGAUUCAAAAGAUGAUAUAAAAGGCGGAAGCUGGGCCGGGCCGCCGCUGCCUUCAUCGCCGCCGCUGCCUUCAUCGCCACUGGCGGGACCAUCGUUUCCGAGGCCGAAACCGGGAGAGCCGGUAGGCCACGGCGCUAUCAAACGAUUCCCUCCCGCAGAACCGAAGAAAAGGGAGUCGCCAAGGCCACAAAAUCAGCAGCCCCCUCAGUGGCAGCCCCUCCAGUGGCAGCCUCCCCUAUGGCAGCCCCUUCAGAGGCAGCGCCCCCAGUGGCAUGUCCCCGUGGAGCAGCUCCCCCUGGGGCAGCGCCCCCAGUGGCAUCACCCCGUGGAGCAGCCCCCCCUGGGGCAGCGCCCUCAGUGGCAUCUCCCCGUGGAGCAGGUCCCCCUGGGGCAGCCCUCACACAGGCCACCCCCCCCGGUACACCUCUUCCAGGGGCAGCCCCCCCACCCUCAGAGGCUGCACCGCCAGGGGCAGCGCCCCCAGCGGCACCGCCCCGCGGGGCUGCUCCCACAGUGGCAGCGCCCCCAGGGGCAGCGCCUCCAGGGGCAGCGCCCCCAGGGACAGCGCCCCCAGGGACAGCGCCCCCAGGGGCAGCGCCCCCAGUGGCAGCGCGCCCAGGGGCAGCGGCCCCAGGGGCAGCUUCACCCCAGAAGGCAGCAGCUCCUCCAGAUACCGGAAUGCUGCCAGAUGCCAUUUCCCAAUGAGUGGCCUCACUACGCAGAGUUGCCGCAAGGCAGUUUGAUGGGAAGGAGUGGCUCGAUCCCUGAGAUAGAUCGUGUGCUGGAGAAGCUGUGGGCAACGAUGAGAUACGAUGUUGGCAAAAUUCACGUGAUUCUUACUGCAAAAAAGUAUGACAUCGAGCGGGAGGCAGACGCCUAUGCUGAGACAGACUUGUUGAGGCUGCUGCCCAACUUCGUAAAGCUCGUCCGGAGCAUAAAGGGAAAUCUUAACUUAAAGUUAAACAUCCCUGAGUACGAGGAUGUCUCCGUGAAACGGCUAGAGUUCAUCUCCGACGACACGGCGUACCUCGAGUUGAUUGUCCAGUAAGAACCCCUCCUCGAGCGACAACGACGAUGCAUUCCACUUUAUGAAAACAAACAUCACGCUUGCAGCCGCGCGCUUCUUCUGCUUUGCUGUCGCCGAAAUAUUGGCCGUGAAACUCAAGUUCCCCAAAUAAAUAGACAUACACUCAAUGUAUAACGCUUAAUGAAUGUUUGCUUUAAAUGUACUCCAUUACAUAGUAAAAUAAGUUAGACUUAAGAGUACGAUUUAUUAUAAAUUGAUAGGCAUUUGAAUGCCAUUUAAACAAUUUUAACAAUUAAAUAUGUCUCACUGUUCUUGAAAUAGACAUGUAAAUGGAAUUCGAUGAUGCGACACGAAAGUGUGUAUGACCAGGUCCGGAGCUAGGCGUCGCGUCGUAUUUAAAGAUUACGAAUCGAAUAUAUCGUAACAUGAGUUAUAGAAGGCGUAAACGCGGGUGGUGAUAUUUACGAGUAUAUUGUAUUCGUACUUUAAUGUUAAAGUUGUUUACGGUUUAGAUAAGCUGGUCUACUGAAUGCGGACCUGUUCAACGAGAUUAAACUACAUGGUAGAGAGUAGAGACUUUAUUGUUAAUGAUGACUAUAUGAAAUUUCUAGAUGUAACGUCACUAUGAUGUAUUAUAUGAAAUUAUUUAUGUAACAUAAAGAUUUCUUAAACAAGGUGAUAAGUACAAUAACCCAUGUAUGCCAAAUGCGGCUAAAUAACUUAGUUUGAAUAACUAUGUUACUAAUUAAUUGACUACAAAUCGUCAAUUAAACAAAUCAAGUAUUGUAUUGCAAUGGCUUGGAGGUUCUCUUUAUGUACAUAGUAUAUUAUGAGAGUAAUUUGGAAAUUAGAAUCUGGCGAUUGAACUAAGUUUUCAGUUCGAAACUGUAAAGAAAAAAGAAAUAAAACAAGCCUUCAUUAGUUAUUAAAGAUACAAAAUGAACGAUGUAUUUAAAGAGAAGCUGUUAAAAGCCACUCGACUUUAUUUGCGCAGAUUCUGCCGUCUUUGUUUCGUUAUGAUAUUUCGCGCUCCGCUUUAUUUAGGUCCGCUUUAACGGCAACGUAUUUUGUGAUUGACUACCUUUUGCUCAAAUCUUCGUCCUCGUGCAAUUUAAAAGUAACUAUUCAGAUUUGAAACGUAUUUUACUCAGUGAUAAUUGAACUUACUAACGACAAAAGGUUUUGGAAAUAGAUAUAGUAAUUUUUGAGUUUAUUAGUUAUACAAAAUUACAUAUAUUAAAAAAAAAUCUUUAUAAAAUUAUUCUUUAUUGUAUGAUCAUAAUGUUGUAUUGUUAUAUAUCUUGUAUAAAAGAUUAGAUAUAUACUUUUUGAUGUUUAUACAUGUUUUAACUUUGAUGUGAUAAACAUUCGGUAUGAAGUGCGUUAACGCACGCAUACGCUGACUGGUGGAAGCGACGCAGGUCGUGUCGUGCUCCUCUGCUGUUGCGUCCUCUGCAGCCACCCGUUACCGAGCACUUAGUGCGCUCACUUACAACGACCCCCAAAUUAUAUUUACUACAAACUAUUUCAAUAUUCCUAUCUUUGAGGCUAUAAAUAUCUUAAAAUGUUAUACAUGUUUUGUAACGAGUUAUAUAUUCGAUGCGUAUUAAUUUAUUGUACCUACAGAUAUCUUCUCUACUUUCUAAACAACAUAGUUGUGUACAAGCUUUAAUAAUUUAUUUAAUGCAUUUAUUAUAUUUAUUUAUUAAUAAAGUUUGCUCAAUUUAAGUUAUCAUAACUGUUUGCGAACUAUAAAACAUUAGGAAUACGAUUCAAAAUUCGUUAUAAUAUGAAGAUAUCUGUGCAACAUCUCGCAUGUGUUGCAUUUUAAUUAACAUAUGUUACUGUAAAACUCCGAACGUCAAUAAAUUCUAACAUUUACCAACUAUUUCUGGAGAAAUUCUGAAAAAAUGAAUACAGCUUUUACUGUUUCGCACAAUUUCCUUCAAGAAUAUUUCGCACAAUUGAUCACAAAUAGUUGGUAAAUCUUGGUUUUUAAAGUAGUUUAGUUUUGACAAUACAUGCGUGCUAUAGUAAUCAAGUAUAUGAAAGUCUAUUGAUAGAGUGUACUCCAUUGAGGUGUUUGACGGCUACCACGGCUACGAUUGUCGUAGUAACACCCACUGUCGCACCUGAACUCUGUCAAGUGGUGACUUGCUGUGUUCACAUCGACUUGUGAGUGGAUCAGUACAAUGUAACUAUUAGUGGACUAUAUUACUCGUAGUAGUUUAUUAUAUUGUAAUAAGUAUGAUGUAUCUCCUUUGGCCGAGGGCAAUCCGGUAUUGUAACUUCGCUGCCCUUAGGGUAACAUUUUCCAUUAGGCAGUAGACAACUACAAAGUGUAACAAGUAAUCAUAAGUAAAUGUGGCCAAACGAGUUUAUAAUAGGAGCUGAUUGAAAAAACGUAUGCUAGAAAGAUAUAUGAUAUGGAAGGACUGAUUUGGAAACAUUCAUUUAUGUCAUUGUAAAGUUAUCUCAAGUUAAAUUACUCGUAGCUUUAAAUCUAACGUACGGGGGAUGUUAUCCUCGUCUUCAUUCGUUUGUACUAUUGUACGUGACUGUUUGGAAUUAAGAGUAGGCAGGUUUAACGACAUGGUAUAUCAAAAUUCCGAAUUAAGGUUUUGAAUUUUAACUGAAUGUUAAAAUUUUGGUCCAGGAUUAGUUAGGUCUGGUAAAUUGAAGGGUAUUUUCGAACGUUAUUUUAGAGAAGUGACAACAUCUGGAAUGGUAAUGGCAUAAUCUAGUAUUUUAUGUGAUCUUGUUCGUAGCGAUUUGUCUGUCUGUGUAUUCGAUGUGCUGCUCUAUUUACUUCAA